CGUCGCUGUUGGUAAAGCGCAUGUAGACGAGGAUUGUUGUUGGGAUGCGUUGGAGCCUGCGAGGCUGUUGGGAUGGAUGAACCAGGGGAGCGUAGACGCGUCGUUCUCGGUCGGGGUCGUGGGAAAGAUUGUGCUUGCGUUGUUGUGCUGCGAGGGAGUGUUGAUGGCGGCUCUGGUGGGGAUACAGAGUGGAGGAAGGAGGGACAUCAAGGGGUGUGGAGAUGCCAGAGGAGCACUGGGAGGGAUCGCUUCUGACGUCGGGGAGACAGGAGAGGGUAGUGAGGCGCAGUUGGAGGGAACAGCAGUGAGGGUUGGUUCCAAAGGCGAUGCCAGGGGGUAUGUCAAGGGCGAGAGUAGUACCACUGGGGCCGUAGGGGUGUUGGAGCCUGUGAUUUCCUUGAUUGGAGGCUCUUGAGCAUGGUGGUGGUGAUGAUGGUGCACAUACAGAUGGAUGGCCAGACUUGACGGCGACUCGGGGGACGUGGUCGAGCGCGCCGGAGAGGGUAGUUGCUGCUGUGUCACCGUGAUCUUCGUUUCUUUUGCGGAUUGGUGCAGUGGAGCCUCUUUCAGGAUCAAGAUCGGUGGCGGCAGCAGGCGUGGCUGCUUCGACAGUCUGGACGCGACACUCGGGGGCAUAAUUGAUUUGUGAACCAUCUGUUCUACGACGCCAACCCGUGGUGUCUUGGCCGAAU